AUGACUCCCGUGGAUACUGGUAAUGGUGACAGCUUCAUUGAUAAGUGGUUUUACUUGAGCAUUGGAUUGGGAUAUGCAACUGGAAUUCUUGUCCCGUACUUGAUAAUGGCGAUGAUAAAAUCUUGGAGCGUAGCCUACUUUGAUGUUGUUGAUAAAGUUGUGGAUAGAAUACUAUUAACGGGUAGAAUUCCACAAUGGAUUGGAGAAGGUUUUCAAAAUCCAAGUAUUCUUAGCUUGAGUUCGAAUGCAUUUUUUGGAGAACUUCCAUUGGCGCUGUCAAAUUUAAGCUCAAUUCAGCUCAUAGACUUUGCAGGAAAUCAGUUAAGUGGCAGCAUACCUGCUAGUUUGGGAAAUCUCAAAGCUAUGACCCAAGUUCACAACCAUAACCAUUAUCGCUUAUAUGGGGGUUCGAAUGGUUAUUAUGAGGAAAAUUUUGUUGUAACCACAAAAAACCAGCAUCUGGAAUUCACCAAGAGCCUCUCCCUUGUAGUCAGCUUAGAUCUCUCGGGAAAUAAUUUGAAUGGAGAUCUUCCUGGAGAGAUAACAAAUUUGUUGGGCGUAGUGUUUCUGAACUUGUCCAGAAACCAUAUCAGUGGACACAUUCCCGAAAGCAUUUCGAGGUUGACACAAUUGUCAUCACUUGAUCUCUCACACAAUAAGUUUUCAGGUGCUAUUCCUCAGAGUUUGGGAUCACUCUCAUUUUUGGGGUAUCUGAACCUGUCGGACAAUGACUUCACUGGUAAGAUUCCCCACAAAGAUCAAAUGAUCACUUUCAGUGCAUCCUCUUAUGUUGGAAAUCAUGGCCUUUGUGGUAGUCCACUUGAUGUAAAAUGUCCAGGUGAUGAAGACGAUGAUGAUACAAAUAAGGGAUCGACUAUUCACAAGGAUAAUAGUAAUGGUGACAGCUUCGUAGAUAAUUGGUUUUACCUGAGUGUUGGAUUGGGAUUUGCAGCAGGAAUUAUUGUUCCUUUUCUGGUAAUGUCAAUUAGAAAGUCUUGGAGUGUUGCCUACUUUGAUGCUGUGGAAGAAGUUUCUGAAAGAAUACUAUAUUUGUGGUUAAAAUAUAGAACCAUGCAGCAGAGGAACAGAGGACAUCAGCAUAGAAGAUAA